GGGCUCUACGCCAGUGAUGUUGUCGGGCCAGUAGAAACUCGGGCUAAGUAAGGGCAUACCAGUUACACAUAUCACAUAUAUAAAUACACAUUUCGCCCCAUUAGCGUCACUGUCCAUAAAAUCGAUAUCCUACGAGGCUUAGCCACUAGCGGCGCUCCGCUCAGUCUGAGCCGGACUGUUCUUGUUUCAAGCCGGAUGUAAACAGCGAGCUAGACUAGGCCUCGAACGUCGCUGAAGUGAAAGUAGAGAUCCAUGCCUCCAUCAGAUCGAGAGCACACAGAGGGUCGUAGUUUGGGAUGCUGACUGGCUUUUCUGUGUGAUAUAGGAAGGUUGUGUCCUGUGCUACUCAUACUGAUUGACUUUUGUGGAAGGAGUCAUGGCGCAACGCUACAAUCUGAGGCACAGAGAAAAGUUCAAGGAGAGAGACACCGAGGUAAAAAAUGUUCUCAAACAGUCAGUCGACCAGUCAGCAGAGCAGUCAGUCGAGCAGUCAGCGGAGUGGACAGUCAAACAGUCAGAAGGACAAGGAAAGUUUUCCACAGUUUUUGGGUUUGGCCUACAUGAACUCACAUCAUAUUCCUCAAUAGUGAAGCUCCUCUGUAGGCCAACAGAUUCAGCAAGUUUAGGAAUUACACGAUUUAUGUUUGGUCUUCUGAUGGUGAUUGACAUUCCGCAGGAGAGGGGCAUGGCUGUGGCGGAUACUCGGUGGGGAGACAACUCUGUCUGUCAUUUCCCUUUAUUUGACUGGCUGCGACCCCUCCCCCUUGAAUGGAUGUAUGUAGUAUACUUCAUCAUGUUGUUGGGUGCUGUGGGGAUCAUGCUAGGACUACUGUACAGAAUCAGCUGUUUAAUGUUCCUGCUGACAUACUGGUAUAUAUUUCUGUUGGACAAGACAAGCUGGAACAACCAUUCCUACCUUUACGGCCUCAUGGCCGUCAUACUGCUGCUUUGUGAUGCCAACAGAUACAGGUCACUGGAUGGACUGUUAAGGCCUGAGUUAAGGAACUGCCAUGUUCCUCUGUGGAACUACACCUUACUCAGGUGUCAGAUAUUCCUGGUAUAUUUUAUUGCUGGGCUAAAGAAGUUAGACAUGGACUGGGUGACAGGGUACUCCAUGCAGAACCUCUCCAGUCGAUGGGUGUUUGAUCCUUUCAGAUUGCUGCUGUCAGAUGAUCAAAUUGAUUUGUAUGUGGUUCACAUUGGCGGACUGCUGCUUGAUAUGUUCCUCGGUUUCUUCCUGUUCCUCGACAAGACAAGACCAGCAGCUCUUUUUUUUGGCUCUUCUUUCCAUUUCAUGAACUCCCAGAUGUUUAAUAUAGGUAUGUUUUCCUACAUGAUGUUGGCCACCUUGCCUUUAUUUUGCUCUCCUGACUGGCCAAGGAAAGUUCUUCAAAGGAUUCCCUUGCCAUGUGGUCUCAACACACCACAGCAACUACAGUCUAACGUGCACUGUGUGUACCCUAGAAAAUCACCAAAAUCUCACAAAGAGCAGGGUUCAAGGAUCCACCAUCAACUGUUCUCCGGUGUCACCGUCAUCUACCUUAUAACACAGAUGUUUCUACCGUACUCCCACUGUAUAACCAAGGGUUACAACUCGUGGACUAAUGGCCUGUAUGGGUAUUCCUGGGACAUGAUGGUACACUCAUGGUCCACUCAACAUGUACGCAUUACCUACCGUGACCUGGACACUGGAGAGCAAGGCUACCUGGAUCCGCAUGCGUGGGCUCCAAGCCAGAGUAACCGCUGGUCAAGUCAUGCUGAUAUGGUCAAACAAUACACAACAUGUAUAGCUGAUCGAUUGACAGAGUACAACAUCACCAAUGUAGAAUUGUAUAUGGAUGUGUGGAGGUCCCUCAAUGACCGCUUCCAACAAAGGCUCUAUGAUCCCAAUGUAAACCUACUUACCACUCAGUGGGGAGCGUUCUCCGAAGUAUCCUUCAGCUUUCCCUUACUGAGUGACCUGUCGGACUGGAGACGGAAGCUGUCCGAGAUACAGGCAGAACUUUACAGUUUAUCAAACUACACAGAUGUCGUAUUUGUGGCAGACUUUCCAGGACUGACACUGGAAAACUAUAUACAGCCUGAUCUAGGAAAUACCAGCAUCACGGUACUCAAAGGCAGGAUCAUUGUGGAACUUGUGGACAGGAAACAAAACUUCUCUCUCACAGAGGGACAGAAGAUGCAGCUACCUCCAGAUGCCUUCCAUAAUGUGCAUACAGUGUCAUCGGAGCCGUCCUGCUACAUGUACAUUUACAUUAACACCACCAAGGAAAUCUUCAUGCACAACUUAGAGGAGUACAGGCAGGCUGUCAAUGCCUCAGCCAAUGGCACAGAUUUAACAGGGGAGUUGAUGAAAAGGUUUGCAAAUGAUCCCAACGUCCCACAGUACAAAGACCAACUGCUAAAAGAAGGGAUGAAAAAGGAGGAAAAGACACGCUCAUUCUGGCAUAUAACAACUCACUUUUUAUAUCGCAAAUAUCUAAAGUUAACCCGAAGUUUUUCCUUCCUCCAUGCAGCCUUCAGAAGCAUUAUCUUCGGUGAUUCUUUUGAUGAUUUUCGCCUUUCUUUAUACCAGGAAGAAGCUAAUCAGGACUUCACCACUUACUGAUACUCCAGUGUAGUCUGUAGAUAUACCACACUGACACUCCAGUGUAGUCUGUAGAUAUACCACACUAACACUCCGGUGUAGUCUGUAGAUAUACCAUACUAACACUCCAGUGUAGUCUGUAGAUAUACCACACUAACACUCCGGUGUAGUUUGUAGAUAUACCACACUGACACUCCAGUGUAGUCUGUAGAUAUACCACACUGACACUCCGGUGUAGUCUGUAGAUAUACCACACUAACACUCCGGUGUAGUCUGUAGAUAUACCACACUGACACUCCAGUGUAGUCUGUAGAUAUACCACACUGACACUCCAGUGUAGUCUGUAGAUAUACCACACUGACACUCCAGUGUAGUCUGUAGAUAUACCACACUGACACUCCAGUGUAGUCUGUAGAUAUACCACACUGACACUCCAGUGUAGUCUGUAGAUAUACCACACUGACACUCCGGUGUAGUCUGUAGAUAUACCACACUGACACUCCGGUGUAGUCUGUAGAUAUACCACACUGACACUCCGGUGUAGUCUGUAGAUAUACCACACUGACACUCCAGUGUAGUCUGUAGAUAGACCACACUGACACUCCAGUGUAGUCUGCAGAUAUACCACACUGACACUCCAGUGUAGUCUGCAGAUAUACCACACUGACACUCCAGUGUAGUCUGUAGAUAUACCCCACUGACACUCCAGUGUAGUCUGUAGAUAUACCCCACUGACACUCCAGUGUAGUCUGUAGAUAUACCACACUGACACUCCAUUGUAGUCUGUAGAUAUACCACACUGACACUCCAGUGUAGUCUGUAGAUAUACCACACUGACACUCCGGUGUAGUCUGUAGAUAUACCACACUGACACUCCGGUGUAGUCUGUAGAUAUACCACACUGACACUCCAGUGUAGUCUGUAGAUAUACCACACUGACACUCCAGUGUAGUCUGUAGACUUACCACACUGACACUCC